AUGGCACAAUCAAGUACAUCCGCUUCAGCACCUGCUGGUCUACAACCAGUCGAGCAUGAAAAACAGACACAGUAUGCUUCUAUUAUCCCACAGGAACAAGGCCGCCUCCAGCUCCAGACCACUAUAUCCGCUACAAGUCACCUUGAUAUGGCUGAUGUCAGCUACGUUGCGACCGGCGACUUGGACCAGGUGUACAACCGGUUCUCCGAACGCCGGAAGAUGAUUAUAGUCGCAGCCAUGUCUUUCUGUAGCUUCCUCGCUCCAGCUUCUUCUACCACUGUCUUGUCUGCUGUCCCUGAAGUAGCAGCGACUUAUGGUUGUGACGGGUCAAUCAUCAAUCUAUCGAAUGCAUUGUACAUGUUGUUCAUGGGCAUCAGCCCUUGCUUCUAUGGACCGUAUGGAAAUAUCUAUGGGAGAAAAUGGGUCUCCGUUGCCAGCGCCACGCUCUUCACUGGUUUUUCUAUCGGCACCGCCCUGGCACCGAACUUGGCGUCGUUUUUUGUUUUCAGAAUUCUUACCGCAUUCCAAGGGACUGCUUUUCUAAUUGUUGGAAGUGCAGUCAUUGGGGACAUAUACAAACCAACUGAACGCGCAACGGCCCUUGGAUGGUUCAUGAGUGGCACUCUCAUUGGGCCUGCUCUAGGUCCAUUCAUCGGAGGUAUCAUCGUAACCUUCCGCACCUGGCGCGACAUCUUCUGGUUGCAAACUGCUCUUGCAGGCACGGCGACGAUUCUUUGCUUCUUCCUCCAGCCAGAAACGAUCCACGAGAAGCGUGCGCAUGAGCUAGAAGGCCUUCCUACAUCUGCGAAAGCGCGCAAGAUGUGGCAAUGGCUGAACCCAUUUCGCGUCGUUCGUCUCUAUCGCUAUCCAAAUCUACUCCUCGCUGCUCUAGCAUCAUCAUCUCUGGUCUGGAACAUGUAUGCUCUCUUGACGCCCAUCCGAUACGUCCUCAACCCUCGUUUCAAUCUCUCCUCGCCAAUGCAAUCCGGCCUUUUUUACAUCGCUCCAGGCUGCGGCUAUCUGCUCGGUACUUUCUUUGGCGGCCGAUGGGCUGACCACUUUGUGAAAAAAUACAUCCGUAUCCGGGGUACACGCAUUGCUGAAGACCGCUUGCGUAGUUGUCUACCUUUCUUAGGCGGAGUAAUUCCAGUAUGCAUGAUCAUCUAUGGCUGGAGUGUUGAGAAGAGGGUCGGUGGUGUCGCGUUGCCCGUCGCUAUGAUGUUUUUGCAAGGCGUAGCGCAACUGUUUUGCUUUCCAAGUCUGAAUGCAUACUGCCUAGAUGUUAUGCAGGGAAGGAGUGCAGAAGUCGUUGCCGGGAAUUAUCUCAUGCGCUAUACAUUUGCUGCUGCUGCGUCUGUUGCUUGUCUUCCGGCUGUGAGAGCUAUAGGCGUGGGAUGGUUUUCCACUAUCGGCGCCUUUUUUCUUAUGGCUGGUGCGGCGGCUACCUAUUAUACUGCGUUGUAUGGGAGAGAAUGGCGAGAGAACAUCGAUACUAAGAAGGCAGCAAAGAAGGAGGGUGACAAUCAGGUUUAG